GAACAAGCGUCGCAGUUUUUUACGCUGUUGCAGUCCAAAGACAAGUAGUUGUGCCGGAGCACUAGCUUUGCCCUGGACACGCAGUCUGGACGUCUCUGAAGACACCCGCAGAUAUCUUAGCUAUCCUUCGCUGUUCGACAGCUCGGAGCGUCAGUUUUGACAUUAACCGCUAGAUUUAGUUAGCAGACUUGUGAAAAAUGUUGAGUGUCACCAGAAGCGUUUCAAGGACUCUCCCGACAAUGAACUGUAACGUUACAAGAAAUGUGUCCUCUUUGGUUAAGAAGGCAUGCUGGAGUGGCUUCCAACCAGGCACUCUCAGAGCUCUGUCCAGGAGAGAAUAUGCGUCAGAAGCUGUCAAGGGCGCAGUCAUUGGCAUUGACCUGGGAACCACCAACUCAUGUGUGGCAGUCAUGGAGGGGAAACAGGCCAAGGUGUUGGAGAAUGCUGAGGGAGCCAGAACGACUCCAUCAGUCAUCGCCUUCACAGCAGAGGGGGAGCGUCUGGUGGGCAUGCCCGCUAAACGCCAGGCUGUCACCAACCCCCAGAACACACUGUACGCCACCAAGAGACUGAUUGGACGUCGCUUUGACGACCCAGAAGUCCAGAAAGACCUGAAGAACGUCCCCUACAAGAUUGUACGUGCAUCCAACGGUGAUGCUUGGGUGGAGGCUCAUGGGAAAAUGUAUUCCCCCAGCCAGGCUGGAGCCUUCGUCCUGAUGAAGAUGAAGGAGACUGCAGAGAAUUACCUGGGAACCAAAGUGAAGAACGCUGUGGUCACCGUACCAGCCUACUUCAAUGACUCUCAGAGACAGGCUACCAAAGAUGCCGGUCAGAUCGCCGGUCUGAACGUGCUGCGUGUGAUCAACGAGCCAACAGCCGCCGCUCUGGCCUACGGCCUGGACAAAACCCAAGAUAAAAUUAUUGCUGUGUAUGACCUGGGUGGAGGUACGUUUGAUAUCUCCGUCCUGGAGAUCCAGAAGGGGGUUUUUGAGGUGAAGUCCACCAACGGCGACACCUUCCUGGGAGGAGAGGACUUCGACCAGCACCUCCUCAAACACAUCGUCAAGGAGUUCAAGAGAGAGUCUGGUGUGGAUCUGAUGAAAGACAACAUGGCUCUUCAGAGGGUCCGAGAGGCUGCUGAGAAGGCCAAGUGUGAGCUGUCUUCUUCGCUGCAGACUGAUAUCAACCUUCCCUACCUGACCAUGGAUGCAUCUGGUCCCAAACAUCUCAACAUGAAACUGACCCGCUCUCAGUUUGAAGGCAUCGUGGCCGACCUGAUCCGCCGCACCGUGGCUCCCUGUCAGAAGGCCAUGCAAGAUGCCGAGGUGUCCAAGGGUGACAUAGGAGAGGUGCUGCUGGUCGGAGGCAUGUCCCGUAUGCCCAAGGUUCAGCAAACGGUUCAGGACCUGUUCGGACGCGCUCCCAGCAAGUCUGUCAACCCCGAUGAGGCCGUUGCCAUAGGAGCAGCCAUCCAGGGUGGCGUUUUAGCUGGCGAUGUUACCGAUGUGCUGCUGUUGGAUGUGACACCACUGUCUCUGGGUAUCGAGACCCUGGGUGGAGUCUUCACCAAACUCAUCAACAGGAACACCACAAUUCCCACAAAGAAGAGCCAGGUGUUCUCCACAGCAGCUGAUGGACAGACUCAGGUAGAGAUCAAGGUGUGUCAGGGGGAGAGAGAGAUGGCAGCAGACAACAAGGUGCUGGGUCAGUUCACUCUGGUGGGAAUCCCCCCCGCCCCCCGCGGUGUUCCUCAGAUUGAGGUCACCUUCGACAUCGACGCCAACGGCAUCGUCCACGUCUCUGCCAAGGACAAGGGCACAGGCCGGGAACAGCAGAUUGUGAUCCAGUCAUCAGGAGGUCUCAGUAAAGACGACAUCGAGAACAUGGUCAAGAAUGCUGAGAAGUACGCAGAGGAGGACAGGAGGAGGAAGGACCGCGUGGAGGCCGUCAACAUGGCCGAGGGCAUCGUCCAUGACACAGAAUCCAAGAUGGAGGAGUUCAAGGACCAGCUUCCUGCUGAUGAGUGCACCAAGCUGAAGGAGGAGAUCUCAAAGGUCAGGAAUCUUCUGGCCAACAAGGACUCCGAAACAGGAGAGAACAUCAAACAGGCGGCCACCACCCUGCAGCAGGCAUCGCUCAAACUCUUUGAAAUGGCAUACAAGAAGAUGGCGGCAGAGCGGGACAGCAGCGGCAGCUCAGGCUCAUCAGAAGGAGAUAAGAAAGAAGGCCAGCAGUAGACCUUAGCACUUGGGUGGCACGGGGUUUCCAUGACAACAGAGGACCGUCGGGCUCAGGGGGUGGACCGGGUGGGGAGUGGCAGUCUUGAGUGACGAGCUGAAUCUUAGUCAUUCUCACCAUUACAUAUUAUUCUACUGUGUUUUGACAGUACAAUACUCUAGUGAACAGAUCGAUGUCCGUGAUCGCUCCUCCAUGUCCUGUGAUAUCCUGUCUGUUUGUAAUUUAAUUGUCUCCAACAAUGUCAUGUACUUUAUUUUUACCAAGCUGUUAAUUUACAUCCUGAGGUAGUAAAAUGUCUCUUUGUUUGUCUAAGA